UCCCCGUCAUAUGACAGAUGUUUUGUUAUUUUGCUUCCGCCUUCUGUGUUCUCGCAGUGUCAUGUGGGGCUCAAACUGACAGCUUCUGGGAUUAAAAUCUGCUACGUGACUCUUCCAGAAAUCCCCACCAGCCGCAGCCGAAGCAGAGACUCCUUCUGAGGGCGUUUAGACAAGGCCGUGGUCCGGUGGGAGCGAUGGCGGAUGGGGAACGGUCGCCGCUGCUGUCCGAGCAGCACGACGGGACCAACGGCUUCUCUCCGGGAGGCAGCUCGCACGGUUAUCUGUCAAAACCGCAGAGUUUGGCACCGUUCCCCAGUGCGGUUGCACCAGGCGAGCCGCCACCUCCAUACUCCCCGCAGGGCAGCCCAGACAGCAGCAGCGCUCCGGUCAUCAGCUGCCGGGUUUGUCAGAGCGCCAUCUCUGUGGAGGGCAAGACGCAUCAACAUGUGGUGAAGUGCAGCAUCUGCAAUGAAGCUACUCCGAUAAAGAACGCCCCCGUUGGAAAGAAGUACGUCCGCUGUCCGUGUAACUGUCUGCUGAUCUGCAAAGUCACGUCGCAGAGGAUCGCCUGUCCGAGACCAUACUGUAAACGCAUCAUCAACCUGGGACCAGUUCACAUCGGCCGGGACAGUCCUGAACCGCAGCACCAGCCUGUUGGCGUCAGGAUCAUCUGUGGGCACUGCUCCAACACAUUCCUGGUAGGACAAAAUCUCACCCACGCACACGCACAAAGGCUGACACUCACUUAUAUCAAUGCUCUCGCUCUCUUUCAGUGGACGGAGUUUUCAGACCGGACCUUGGCCCGAUGUCCACACUGCCGAAAAGUCUCUUCUAUCGGCCGGAGGUACCCCAGGAGGAGGAGCCUGCUGUGCCUCAUGCUGUUCAUCGUCCUCGCUGCUUCUACUGCAGGACUCAUAGUUGGAACGUGGCGUCCUGCACAGCAGUCCAAAGGGAUCUAUGUCUCCUGGGUGUUGCUGAUCCUGCUCCUCCUGUUCACCUUUGCAAGAACCAUCUACUGGAGGUGUCUGAAAAUCAGCGACCCCAUAUCCAACAUGACGUAGAGAGAGGGAGAGAGAAAGUGAGGAGGUAGGAAGGUGAGAGAGUCAGUGUAUGAGGGGAGCGACAUUGUAGUGAGAAGCAGAAAAAAUAAAGGCUAAGAGAGGGAACAAAAUACAGCAGAGCAAAGACAGAAUAAAAAGGCACCAUAUUGGAUUAACCAGUAAAUUGCCAAGUGUUGAAGACAACUUGAUUCUAUUAUUUUUAAUACUUUUUUUUUUUCAAACUGAGGAUCAAACUGAGGAUGGUUGUAGCACGUUUGCAGAGAGAAAAUAGACUUGAAACAAAGGAAGUCAAAGAAAAGAGAGGCAGUUAGUGUCAAUGGACAGACAAUAUUUCUCGUUUAAUUAAGUUUCAGUUGGUAGUUUUCUUCUACGUUGGACUAGGGUGGAGUUUAAGAGCUGAAAGUGCAAUUUUCAUUUCAAGAUCUAAACAUCUGUCAAAACUUUGCUUCUUUAAGAAGACAGUUUUGUCUUUUUGUGGCCAAAAUGAUAAGAAAGCAAAGUAACGUGUAUGGAGAGGUGGAUGUUGAGUGCAGUGAGGAAGGAGUUAAGUUUUGUAGUAUAGUCAAAUGAAAUUAUGGGGGAAAACACAUUUAUCAAUCCUAACCAAACUGAGCGUAUUCAAGGUUAGAAAUAAGAUGGGCGUGUUGUCACUUUUAAAUGAAAUUCAGUGCUUUUUUUUGUGUAAUCUUGUCAUUUUGUGUCACUUUCCUUUGGUUUCUCUAAAGCAGCGUGUCUUAACAGCAUACAUACAAACGAGCAUCAGUAGUAAAAUCAGCAUGAUUCCUACAGUGUCCAAACAGAAGGGAAAUUCAGACGUGUUUUACCUAGAAGCCCCGCUAAUAUUUCCUCUUUGCUACUCUUCUAGACAUAAGGUUCAUGUGAGAGAUCUACAGGGCAUUGGGACUUUCCUACGGAAAGAUUUUCUUGAUUUUCUUUCACUUUUCCCAUCAAAAGAGCUUGUUUUAAAAUGCAGAGAUAGUGGUGCAUUAAUUUCUCCACCUUCAAAGUCAAUGCAAAAAAUGGUCUAAGUAGCCCAAUUUCCAUUGGCUUUUAAAGUUGUGAUAUUUAUGCCUACCUAUAGGGAAUGAGGAAUGAAUACCCACUGUGCCAUCUUUAGAGUAACAGAGGCAUCACAGAGGUGAAAACUGGGACAAACGAAGCAUUGGUGUAUCAUCAGUAUCAACCAAUAUCGUCCCUCUUGACUGACGUCAGACAAUCAGCAAGUAAUGUGGUAACGGAUGUCGUUAGCCGAUGUUUUAGUAUUGUGUUGCAAUGAUUAAUUCUUGCCAUCCCGCACACUAACAACUGGUUCACAAUGGAAAUUUUUAACAGGACAGAAGUAUUGACUUGUUAGUCACUUCCACCAAAAAAUUGUUAGCAUUAGCUGUGCUAGCACCACUGUCCUUUCGACCCUCUUUACAGGUUAACGUCCACAUUCUUGGACUGAAUAUCAUCCCUCAGUUCUUCAGUAAUAUGCGAAUAUGAUCUGACACAGCCUCCUGACAGCUUUAUCCCCAUUUUCUAGAUUGUAACAAAACUAAACCACCUGUUCCAAGAAGAUGCUAACGUUGCUGUCAGUUAGUGGUUGUUUACAUUGGUGCAUUGGAGCAGUAAAGCAGUCGUCAUGAAGUGGCUACUGGUGGCAUGUUACAGUUUAGACAGAGCUGUUGACUGGGAUUGUAGGCCUAAAAUGAUUAAAAAGAACUUAAUUAAUAGUUUAACUGUCUCGUAAUUGUGGUGCUGACAACAAAAGGAUCUGAGUUUAACCCUCUGGCCAGAUGAUUAUGCUCAACUCUAGUUCCAAAGCUUAAAGACAGCAGAGCUGUGUUGUGUCGUAGAAAUGCUCUGUUAAAACCCCUACUGUUCAGAGAGGAAGACUGAAAUUCGCAGAGCAAAGGAGUACCGUAAAGCCUGGAUUAGGAAUAGCUUGCGAUGCACAAUGUUAUCAGUAUUGGCAGAUAUGAAAUUUCUGCCAAUAUUUUUGCUAUAGAAAUCUAAAUCAGCUUUAAAUAUCAGCCGUAUGACCAAAGUAGUUAGUGGAGUUUUAGUCUGGACCUGCAGACCUACAUCAGCUCAAGUCUUUGUCUUUAUUCACCAUCAUUCCUUACACCUUAAAGUCUGUUUUAAGGACUGAAGUUUCAGGUCUGAACUACAUAUAAAUAUCAAUUUUGGUACUGGCUAAAAAAAAUAAAAUUGUAAAUGGCAGCAAAUCAGAUUUCAGCAAAAAUCAAAUACUGUGCAUCCCUAUAAAUUGUCCCUGUGUAAGACAGUCUGUUUUGGAAACUACCAAAGGAGAACAAAGUUUAAUCUGUCUUCCUCUCUGAUGAUUUCCAUUUCUUGUGCAAAGUCCACUACUUGAAGUUUCUGUUUAGCUGUGUGUCUCUUUUAGUAAUGUCCGUUUUUACCCAUGGAUUGUGCACUUCUACUAGCUUUAAUAAGGUAGUUGAGCUCGGCUUCUUGUGGUUGUUGUGAGACAAACUCCUACCCUACAAACUUUUCCUUCUUUUGCUCCACACUUGUCGUCCUCACUGUGGAGUGUUCUCUGCCAAACCAGCGCUCCACAAGACUUAUUUACUGAAUGACUACUUCCCAUUUUUUCUUUAAAUGCACAGUGACCUAACAACCGAGAAAAGCAGUUAAAAGGUGGCGCCAUCCCCUGCCAGUUCUGCCCAGUUCUCAGCAGUGGAGACAAAGCAGCUACUUGCAUAAACAAUGGAUGAAAUAUUAUUAUUAUUACUGGUAUAUUGUUAUACAAGUGGCCUCAGUGUAUAAGCUGCAGCCAACCUUUAAGAUGAAGAAAAAGGCAUCAUAAGUGCUGCUUAUCCACCAGAUUUUACCGUAAAUAACAAUGUAGAGUGUUCAGUGCUGAAGUAAUAUCUGAUGACUGUGUGCUGUUAGGACACGCUGUUUUUCUUCCUGGUUCUGAUGAAGUGUUUUAUUAUGACUUUGACAAUACUGCUUUAUAAAAAGGAGCUUAAAAAUACACCUGAUGAAGCUCCGUUUUUAAAGGAAUGAGUCGACAUUCAAGGACAAAAACAUGAUGCAUUCCUAUCAAAAAUAAGAGAGGAUUUAUACCAUGGUCAUUUUUGCUUUGUAAACAGACAUCCAGCUGCAGCUGCUAGCAGUUAGCUUAGCUAUUUAACGGAGAGAAAGUGCUAACUUAUAAACUCUUCAUAUCCCUUUAUGUAAGCUAAGCUAACUGCUUGCUGCUGUAGCGUUCUGUUUGAAGCACAUACAUGGUAGACGAUUAAAACCUCCUCAGUAGAAAGCGAGUAGCUGUGUUGAACUGUUCCUUUAAAAGGUGAUUGAACUAAUCACUCUAUGAUCAUAUAAACUUCACAGACACAAAGCCAGUUUGCACUCAAACACAGUAUAAAAGAGGAACCACAUGUGCAGAUUGUUUUACGGCAUUGUCCUUUAAUUGGUUCUUUUUUUUUUUAAUACAUCUGAUCUGAUGAUAGAAGUAAGACUUGAAGUGACAUUGCUGUAAUUUUUUAUUCAUACGGAAAGGCAUUUCUUGAGUUUAAGGGUUUUAUUUGAUAAAAAAAAGUUCUCUGAGAAAAAUCCAACAGCUACAUUUAUAACUAAACAGGGAAAUGUGUAAUUUCUGAGGAUGUACAUUUGGGAUAUUUAUUAAUCAAUAGACAGGCAUUCGUUUGGGACAAGUGGCAUCUUUUUUUACAUUUCUUUAAAUCUACUCAAAUGUCAGCAUUUAACAGCAUCUCGCUGAGGGACUUGGUGCAUUUUGAGGUCAUUUAAUGAAAUUAACGUCUAUUUUGUUAAAUUUAUACCUAAAUUUGUGAACUAAAAACCAUAAAAACAUAUCCAGACUUGACUGGAAAGAAGUCGAGAUUCUCAAACAAAUAAAAUGAAGUAAACUCUUCAUAUUUCACUAAAUGUUUUGUUUUUGAGCUGUGCACUUUGACAUGUUUAAGUCACUGAUAUGCAGUAAACCACUUGAAGCACACACAGGAAUGAUUAUUUAUCAUCUUUAAAGUCAAACUCAGAGAGAGGACACACUUCUAAACCCUCCGUGUGUCUCCUUCUCGGUUCAGUUGUAAAUACAUUCAGUGGAUAUGAAUUAUUUUGGACUGUACAGAAUCCUCCCAGCUGUUGCUUCCCCCCUCCCUGUGGCUGAUUAAUGUACCCGCUGACUGUGAACCAUGUUGCACUACAUUGUACUGAUGUACUACUACUGUAUGCUUUUGUCAAUAUUAUUACGGUGGGUGGAUUUUCUUUUUGUAUAUCGUGAAACAAAGUAAUACUUUUAACAACGUG